AUGAAGAUCAGAAUGGUGCCGCAGGAUGAUGCUACGGAUGCUAUGAUCGAUCGGGAUGACCAGAUGAUGGCACUGACCAAAGAAAUGAUUGAAAUUCGAAACAUCCUCCAAAGAGUUGGGCAAUCGAGCAGCCUCACGCUACCCUCAAUCGUUGUGAUCGGGUCACAGUCCUCAGGGAAGAGCUCAGUUCUGGAGGCAAUUGUUGGGCAUGAAUUCCUUCCCAAAGGCUCAAACAUGGUUACUCGGAGGCCCAUUGAGUUAACCCUUGUCAACACACCUGAUUCGGCCAUUGAUUAUGGCGAGUUUCCUGACCUGGGCCUAAGAAGAAUUACCGACUUCUCAUCAGUCCAACGGACACUAACGGAAUUAAAUCAAGCCGUGCCAGACUCUAUCUGUGUCUCAGACGACCCCAUCAGAUUGUCUAUUUACUCCCCCAAUGUCCCCGAUCUAUCCCUGAUCGAUUUGCCUGGCUAUAUCCAAGUCGUUGGCGAAAAUCAACCCCUGGAAUUGAAGCAAAAGAUAUCUGAGCUAUGUGAUAAGUAUAUAAAGGCACCUAACGUCAUCCUGGCGGUCUCCGCGGCCGAUGUGGAUCUUGCCAAUUCAACUGCUCUAAGGGCGAGCCGUCGAGUUGAUCCUAGAGGCGAACGAACCAUCGGUGUUGUCACCAAAAUGGACCUUGUGGAGCCUGUUCGCGGUUCUUCCAUCCUAAAGGAUAGGCAAUAUCCAUUACGUCUUGGUUAUGUCGGGGUCGUUUCCAAAGCGCCAGUGCAAACCGUUGGGCUGUUCAAGAAGGGCCCAAGCAAUCUCAUGACCGCUAUAGCCAAAAAUGAGGAUGCAUUUUUCUCAUCUCACACGGAACAGUUUGGCCCAAACGCUGGUGUGAGCACCGGAACCACCGUCUUGAGGAAGAAGUUGAUUGAUGUGCUCGAGCAAACGAUGUCGGCAAGUCUUCGAACCACCGGCGAGGCGAUUGAAAGAGAGCUCAAGGACACCGCCUAUAAGUUCAAGUCCCAAUUCAAUGAUAGACCCAUCUCUGCAGAAACCUACCUAUCUGAGUGUCUCGAUGAUUUCAAGCACUCGUUUAGAACAUUCAAAGAUUCUUUUGGCAUACCUCAAAUGCAGGAGCUACUUAAGAAUGAAUUGGAUCAGAAGAUUCUUGACUUGCUAGCAGCAAGAUACUGGAAUAAACCUAUCAGGGAUCUUUCCCCUGUCUCGCCCGAGCCUUCGGAGAGCUCACUAGCGGAGCUACCCAAGGCCAAUCCGGACUCCCCUUACUGGACUCGGCAGCUGGACGCCUCCUCCUCUGCUCUAACAGAGUGUGGAGUGGGCCACUUAUCAACUGUUGCGCUGAAGGAGGCUCUAGAAUCGCAUUUCGUUGGCUUAGUCGAUGAAUCCCGUUUCAAAGACAACCCACUCGCUAGAAGGGCAAUAAUUGAGGCGGCGUCUUCUAUCUUAAAUGAGCGGUUUUAUCCAACAGUGGAUGGUGUGGAACAUGCGAUCAAACCAUAUAAAUUCCGACUUAGCAUCGACGAUCGUGAGUGGAGGGAAGGGAAAGACCACUCGAUCCUUCUCCUUCAGAAGGAACUUAAGCUUUGCGAGUCGGCGCUGAAGGAUGUGGGAAGUUCUGUCGGUGGAUGGCGGAAACUUAAAGAUGUAAUGUCAUUUGUUGACAAGUCGCGGCGCGGCGAGAUUAUCGUUGAUGGCGACAGUGAAAGCCGAACCGGUGCGGGUGGUUUCAGCGCCGAUCUUUUAGCAGAGGUCGCGAGGAAGCUCACGGCCACCUCGGUUCUGUUCUUAGACGUGGAACUUCUCUCUGAGUUUUAUGGCAACAUGUCUCACGCCCUUGAUGUCAAUAUUGGCCGCAAGCUCUCCGAUGAAGAAGUUGAAAGGUUUGCUAUGAGAGACCUAAGGUGUCUAGUUGGACAUGUCGCCUUUGCGACGCUCAUGGCCUCUCCCGUGGAACUCGAUGCUAAUACGGGUGUGACUCACACGGCCCUCGCCGAGUCGAUCUUGUACUAG